GGGCGGGCUGCGGGGCUGGGGCGGCCUCGGUGUCCGCGCGGGCCCCGCGGUGCCCCCGGUGCGCGUUCUGCGGGUCAGGUUCUGCGUGUGGGGCCAGUGGGGUCUGGGGCGGCGGGGCAGAGCGGGCCGGUCAGGCAGGAUCGGAGCAAGGGACUCUGGGGAUGGGUGACUGGGCCUGCGCGGAGGGCGCUGGAGGGAGCGGGGCUGAGAGCGGCUGGGGGCCGACGCCUGCUGAAGGGGCCGUGGGGCUCGGUGACGGGUAGAGAGAUUCCGGUUUCCAUGAAGUAAUUGGCUUAUUUGAGAUAAAGAAGUCCCAGAGGUGAAUCCUUGGUGAAGAGAGUCCUGACCAGAGGAGUUAAGAAGGAUAGAGCAGAGCCUAAAGUUACUGGCCAUUUCCCAAGUGUGGCAGAAAAUGGCUAAGUCCCAGGGGUCAUUGGCAUUGGAGGAUGUGGCCGUGAACUUCACACGGGACGAGUGGCAGCUCCUGGACUCUGCUCAGAAGAACUUGUACAGAAACGUGAUGCUGGAGAAUGUGAGCAGUCUCGUGUCCCUGGGGUUUCAACUUAUCAAACCAGAUGUGAUCUUCAAACUGGAGCGAGAGCAGCCUUGGAUAAUAGGCGAAGAGGUCCCAAGUCAGAGCUUGUCGGAAUACUGGAAAGUUGACGAUUACAAAGCUUGGCACCAAGAACUCCAAGACAGGAUUAAAAAAUCGGAACAAGUCCAUGAAACUAAUGCCAGUGGAAAAACAUUCCAACCCAGCAUGAACCUUGCACCGCUAAAGCAAAAGUCCAGUAAGCAUGUCUCAAAUGGAAAACAUCUGAAACACUCGUUAGGUUUAUUUACUGAGGCUGGAAACCGUGGAAGAAGGAAACCUGGUAAAUUCAAUGGAUAUGAGAAAUCCUUUUUCUAUACCGAACAUGGAAAAACUCACGUUGGAGCAAAAUGCUACGAAUGUAAUGAUUGUGGAAAAGUCACCAGCAAGAAGUCACGACUCAUUGUACAUCAGAGAACACACACAGGAGAGAAACCAUUUAAAUGUAGUGAAUGUGGCAAAGCCUUUUCCCAGAAGUCACACCUUGUGACACAUCAGACGGUUCACACAGGAGAAAAACGUUAUGGAUGUGAGUGUGGGAAGGCCUUCUCUAGAAAGUCUCAUCUCAUUACACACCAGAGAACUCACACAGGAGAGAAACCUUAUGAAUGCAGUGAGUGCAGCAAAGUCUUUUCUCAGACGUCACAGCUCAUUAUUCAUCAGCGAAGUCAUACAGGAGAGAGACCGUAUGCAUGCGGUGAAUGUGGGAAAGGCUUUAGUGGGAAAUCGCAACUUAUUACUCAUAAGAGAACCCAUAUAGAUGAAAAGCCCAAUAAAUGCGAUGAAUGUGGGAAAGCCUUCAGAGAGAAGUCAAGUCUCCAUAAGCAUCAGAGAAUUCAUUCAGGAGAGAAACCAUAUGGGUGCAGCGAAUGUGGGAAAGCCUUCAGUGGGAAGUCACUCCUCCUCAGACAUGAGAAAACUCAUUCAGGAGAAAAGCCCUAUGGAUGUAAGGAAUGCACGAAGGCAUUUGUUUGGAAGUCACAGCUCAUCAUACAUCAGAGGACUCACACAGGAGAGAAGCCCUACGGUUGUAGCACUUGUGGGAAAGCUUUUUCCCAGAAAUCACACCUCGUGAUGCAUCAGAGGACUCACACAGAAGAGAAACCCUAGAAAUAGAGCGAGUGUGAGACACUUUUAAGAAAAUAAUCGCCCUUCUCUCUAUACCAUAAAACACAUUUAUAAAAAUCCUGCCAAUGCCGUGAGUGUAGGAAGGUCAUUGGCAGGAAGUUCUACUUCCUUGAACGUCAGAAUGCCAAAUUGGAGAGUAAGCCUAUGUGUGCAGUGAAUGUGGAAAGGCAGUAGAGACAAGCGCUCAGCAAAUGGUCUAGUCUCAUCAUAAAUCAAGUUAUUCAUAUCGAGGACAAAAAUAAUGACUCAAAUGAAUACAGGAAAAUUUGUCCAUAGCAAUGUCAAAAAAAAAAAUCAAUUUCCAAGUACGGUAUUGCAUCUUUAAAAAAAAAGAUUAUAUAUUCUAUUUUAAGUGAUAAGCUUAUGAAGCUUUAAAGAUAUGUAUGUCUGUGUAUGAGUAUGUUCAGUAAUCUUGACAGCCAAGUAGAAAGCCUAUUGCUUCAGACAAAUAUAGGACUUAUAUUCCUGAGUAUGGCUACAUCUUGUAAAUGUAUAUAGUUUCAUAGCAUAUGUGAAAUUAAUCUGUGAAUAUGGUAUAUGUCAUGUUUAUAGCACAGCAUCUCUCAAGGGUACUGCACAAUGUAUAUCGUUUGUCUUGUACCAUAAUAGAAGGUAAGCCAGACCAAAUGAUUUCGUUAUUAUUUAACAAAUAGUGUAAGUUAUAUUGCCAGAACUUUUUGGCACAUGCAAAUGAGUUUGGGAACUCUUACCAUGCCCUGUGUUCAAUAACAGAAGCUGGAAUUUUUCAAUAAAGUCUCCUGCGUCUUCUGA